AUGGCCGGCCAAUUCUAUGCCAUCACCGGUAUCCCAUUACCCGCGAGGCCGGAGAUCUCCACAUGGUCGAGUUCCACCAAGCCCGAGGACCAAAUUCAAGUCUCGCUUUUCAUCCGAGCCCUGCGCCAGAUGCAGCAGAAAGACCCAGUGCAUGACAAGCUGUCCUUUUACCAGAUUGCCGGAGUCCACGGAUAUCCAAAGGUUGCGUGGGACGGGGCCAAGGAGAACGACGGGUUCUACUGCACCCACGGUGUCUUCACUUUCCCCACUUGGCACCGACCUUAUAUGUUGUUGUAUGAGCAAGUGCUGUACAAUAUCAUGGUCGACGAACUGAUCCCCGGCAUCGAGGAUCCGGCCGCAAAGCAGGCCUGGACCCGUGCAGCGCAACGAUGGCGUCUCCCCUUCUGGGAUUGGGCCAUCCGUCAGUCCGAUACUGGACAGUUUGGCGUUCCCGGAAUCGUAGCGGGUCAGAAUGUCUGCAUUCGCAAACUUGGCGGGGAGGCAAUUGAAACCGUUGAGAAUCCCCUUUACAAGUACAUCAACAAGGUAGAUGGGAAGGGGGUCCCGAUGGGUGACCCGACAAUGAAGGGACAGCGUCUUGGAUACGAUGACGGCAAACAAUACAACGACUGCAUUGGAACCAGCCGUUAUGCAAAACCCGGCGAUGAAAAAUGGGUUGCUGGGUCCGUUGACAACGCCAAAGUUGGCGAUGCCCUCGCACACCCUGCAGGAAAAAACUGGGAGCCUGGGAAGUCAAUUGCAGACAACGUCUAUCGGAUUCUCACCGAUGGAUACUUCACGAGCUACAAGCCAUUCUCAUCCACCCACUAUUGUGACUACAGGAAAGACGUGGAGAAGGGUAAGCCCCCUCUAACGCCAUGCGAGUAUCUUUCACUGGAGAUGAUACACAACAACAUCCACAACUGGACUGGGGGGGCAACCGACGAAGCACAGGGCCAUAUGUCCGAUGUGCCCGUAGCAGCAUUCGACCCCAUCUUCUUCUUGCACCAUUGUAAUGUCGACCGACUGUUCGCAAUCUGGCAGGCUCUGAAUCCCGAUAGCUGGUUUGACCCACCCCUUCCUCCCCACGGCCAUGACGACAACGGCAAGCCUAUUCCUGGUCCUCCGUAUUGCCCUGACCCAAAGAGUGACGCUCCUUUGCCGCCGUUCCGCAAGGACAGUAGCGGCGAAUACUAUUCGUCUGACUCUGCGCGGAGCACCGAAAAACUGGGGUAUACUUAUCCUGAGCUGCUCCCGGGAAAUAGAGAGAAGUUAAACGCGAUCCUGCGGGAGAAAUACGGCAAACACCUAUUGCACCUCAAGAGACCAGUAGAUGAUAAAGGAAAGCUCAUCCCCGGCAUUGGUCAUGAGACGUUCCCCGACUACCUCAUCAACGUUCAAUAUGACCGGUUUGAAUUCGGCGGCGAACCCUACACUGUCAGUUUCUAUCUGGACACAUUCAACAACCAGAGCCAAAGCCUCGAGCGUUACGUCCUGGGUUCCUUCUACAACUUCACUGCGCCCGUGGUGCCCGACUGUGAGAACUGCAAAGCACAGGAGAGCAAUGCCGCCAGGUCGAAAGCACAAGUGCCGAUUACACUCCCCUUGCAAGAGCUAGUCCGGGAUUCCGACCUUCCCAAUGCCCACAGCAUGGAAAAGCUGCACGUUGAGGCCCUGCUACAGGACCAGCUGAAAUAUUCGGUGACCAAGCGUUCCGGUGAAGAGAUACCCUUGGAGCAGGUUCCAGGACUUCUGGUCACUGUUCAUGCUGGAGAGAGCAGCUACCCCAAGGAUGAUUCGCUUGAUGUCUUUAUGCCUCGCACCUAUUCUCCUCUCUGGGCUGCCACUCAGUAUAAGGUUUGUGGUGCUGCGCCGGCUUAG